CGGAGUAACGGAGUACGUAGUAUGCCAUAGCCCCGGGAGUUCUUCUAUCUGCAUGUGAACCCGCUUGGAGAAUCUUUGGAUUCCACAUUCAUUAUAGGGACGUCGCAGUUGAACGUCUAAGCUUUCAUCUCCCGGGGCAACAUAGUGUGUACUAUAAUCCUAAAGAGUCUGUCGGUUCUGUUCUUAGACGUCCUACUAUCCAACUACUAAGUUUCUAGCUUAGAUGCAUGCAAACAGUGUGUAUCCUCAAGGAGCUUGACUUAUGCUGAAUUUCCUACCAAGUUCACGUGGAAAGCCAAAACAAGAGAGUGGGUACCAAGACAAAGAAGCACCACAAUCGGAAGACUAUACUUCAUGCGACCUGGAGCCGGAGAGAAAUAUUAUUUAAGGAUGCUCCUUGGUGUCGUGAAGGAGGAUAGGAGUUUUAAAGAACUCAGGACAAUUGAUGGAGUCGUACACUCGACGUUCAGAGAAGCUUGUUGUGCCCGUAGUAUGUUAAAUGACGAUAAAGAUUAUAUAGAUGGACUCAGAACAAAGCCAUUGGGCAACGGGGCAUGAGCUUCGCAUCACAUUUGUUCAUCUCUUACUACAAGAGUCGUUAUCUAUGCCUAAUAUGGCUUGGGAGAAGUGUUGGCCCUAUCUAUCUGAUCUAUUAGGAAGAAUCUCAAUAAUCAAGCUGGAUGAGAAGCAAAUAAAGAAUUAUUGUUUGCUGGAAAUUGAAAAACUUUUACAACAUCGUGGAAAGUCUCUAUUCUACUAUGACGGAAUGCCUCGAGUAACGGAUCUUGAAAUUCCUUCUCUUCAUGAUAUUUUGAUACACGAGGAAUUGAGAUAUGACAGGAAUGCUUUGGCGGAGGAAGAUGCUAAAUUUAUUUUCACCGUGAUGGAGGAUCAAAAGCGUGUUUACGAGACAAUAGUGAGUACACAUAUUUGUACGGGCACAGUGGUACAGGGAAAACAUAUUUGUGGAAGACCUUAUCAGCAUAUGUAAGGCAUCAAGGAAAUAUUGUGUUGAACGUAACUUCAAGUGCGAUCACAUCAUUGUUCCAAGUGGAAGAACGACACAUUCCAGGUUUAAAAUCUCACUCACAGCAGCA